AUGACGCGAGUUAGUGACGACAUAUCAUAGCGCGGUGUGGGUUUUUUAGAGAUGAAUGUGUUUUUUUGGUAACACAUCAAAUUUUUUAAUUUUUACUAUAACAGUUUGGCCAACAACCGGUUGAUUCAAAAUGAGCGACGACACAGACUCUCCCCCAGAGAGGGAAAUGAAAGAUUUUCAAUUUCGUCAAAUGAAGAAAAUCCGUGUGUUUGAGUCACCAGAGGAAUUGCCAAAAGAUAGAGCCAGUCUCCUCACAAUUUCAAACAAGUUUGGAUUGACUUUUGUGGGGUUUGGCUCAACAUUAAAAGUUUUUCUAACACAAGACCUCCUUGCCGUUGACAAGUCUGAUGGCAAUGCUAAUGAAAUAAUUGAAGGAAUUGCUGCAGUAGCAGAGGUCGACGUGGGUCUCACCGUACAUCACAUAGCCCUUAGCUGUGAUGAACUGACUCUGUCAGUUUGUGGAAUCUCUGACGAAAUUUUGUCUUUGACAUUUUAUGAUGUCCGUACCUUCAUUAACCAGACCAGAGCCCAGAAGUUACCAUUUGCACUCCUACAGCCUACAGUGCAAUCAAAUACUUUGGUGCAGGAUCUUAGAUGGAACCCAGUUGCAGCAUCUAUGCUGGCAGUUUGCCUUUCUGAUGGCAGCCUGAUGAUUCUGGAUGUUGGUGACACUGUUGUAGUGCAAGCAAACUUGCCAAAUUCCACAGGCAUUACAAGCAUUUGUUGGAGUCCAAAAGGAAAACAAAUUGCUGCUGGAAAAAUGGAUGCCACAGUCUGUCAAUAUAUACCAACCCUGGAAGAAAAGAAAAGAAUUCCUUGUCCAAACUUUUAUACCCCUGACAACCCUGUCAAAGUUCUGGAUGUGUUGUGGUUGAGAACAUAUGUGUUUGCUGUGGUUUAUGCUGCUGCAGAUGGUUCCCCUGAAACACCACCUGAUCUUGUGGUGGUUUUGUUGCCAAAAAAGGAGGAGAAGCAAGAGACAAAAUAUCUUAAUUUCACUGACCCUGUUUAUGGAAGCUGCACUGAGAGGCAGCACCACUACUUUCUCAGCCAAAUAGAGGAAUGGGACCUGUUUUUUGCAGCUUCAGCAGCUUCUCUUGAAGUCUGUCCCAUUGCUCGGCAAGAUGAUAAGAACUGGGAAUUGUGGAUUCUUGAGGAUUCUAGUCGGGCAGAGCUUCCGGUGACUGAAACCAGUGAAGAUACCUUUCCACUUGGCUUGGCAAUAGACUUUACAAACCAACAGGACAUUCGCAUAUCUGAUGAAAAGACGUUGCCUCCAGCACCUGUAAUGCUGGUGCUAUCUACGCAUGGGUUACUCUGCCCAUUCACAUUGCUAAACUUGAACCCGGGGAUGAAGCAACUGGUAUCUCAUCCCACACCUUUGCCCUUGGAGGGGGAAAGGCCACCUAAACCAGCUGCAACUAUAUCUCAGAAGACUCCUCCAUCAAUCCCAUCUGCCCCAACAACAAUUACAGCCUCUGUUGCACUGACUCCUCCUGCCCCUGCAGUGCCCCCUGCUGCACCCUUCAGCACUGCACCUGACGCUCCUGUGUCAUCUUCAGGCUUCACAUUCUCAGUUCCUUCGACUUGUGCCACUUCUGCUCCCUCUGCUUUCUCACUUGGUGCAUCAACAGCCUUUGGUUCAGGGGCCCCAAGCUUCUCCUUUGUCUCUAAACCCCCUUCCGAAACACCUUCAGCAUUGUCUGCGUUCUCCUUUAGUACCCCCUCCACUAAACCUUUGUCUGUGACCACUUCUACGCCUACACCCCAGACUGUUGCUACACCACCUGCUGUUAAACUCAAUCUUACUGAAAGAUUUUCAUCACUAGAGGCAACCACUCCACCCCUGCAGCCAUUUUCAUUCAUAUCAUCUGCUCCUAAAACAGUUGCUUCUAACUCCAGUAACUUCAUGGCCCCUUCCAUGCCAGCUCCCAAACCACCUGCUGUGUUAGCCCCUGUGCGGCCAGUCCAAACCAGUACACCUGCCACUGUUGUCCAGAAACCUACGCCAACAGCACAACCCCCAGUACAGACAUCACAGGGUGCAGUUAGUGUAAAAUCCUUUGAAAAGCAACUACAGCCAAAGAAAGAUUCUGAUCCAAUAAUGGCUGGCAUAUUUGAGGAGAUUGCACACUUUCAAAAAGAACUUGACGACCUUAAAGCGAGAAGUGCAAAAGGUGACUUUAAGGUUGGCACCAAUGAAGAGAUGAAGGAGCUGAGGAAGGAGUCUGAAAACAUGCACAUUUUUACUCUGGAGAUAAAAGAAACCACCGAAUCACUGCAUGGUGAUAUUGGCAUGCUGAAAACGACACUGCUGGAAGGAUUUGCUGGAGCUGAGGAGGCCAAAGCACAGAGUGAACUGAGCAAAGGCCGACAUUACAGACAUCUUCUGUACAAGAGACCUCUAGAUCCACGCAGUGAUGAACAACUGAAGGAAAUCCGUCGGUUGUAUCAGUAUGUCAUGUUUGCGGUGGAAGAUGUCAAUGACGUCUUGGAUGUUGAAUGGGAGAAACAUUUGGAAAAGAAGAAAAAGCAAAAGCAUAUGGUUGUACCAGGGCGUGAAAGCCUUUUCACUACACUGUCUAACAAUCAGUAUAUUAUAAACCAGCAGAAGAACAGACUGGAUCAGUUGGUUAAACAACUGACAUCACUGCAUCUCUACAAUAAGUCACAAUCUAUAACAAGCAGCACAUCAGCAGCUACAUCUACUAUGGAUGAUGAGCUAGACAGUUUAAGGGAUGCACUUUUAAAAGCUAAACUUGAAAGCUCCCCUAAAGACACUCCAAAAUACACAGCGGCCAAGAUCUCACCUGUGAAACAGUCUCAACUGCGCAACUUUUUAUCAAAGGGUCAAAUGCCACCUGUCCGCUCAACUGCACCAGCCAAUCUUUCACGCUCAGCCUUCCUUUCACCAAAAUACUAUGAAGACCUGGAUGAUGUGAGCUCUACAUCCUCUGUGUCCCAGUACUUGGAUCCUAACCCACGUCACUUGGAGCUGGAGGAAGAAGAGGAAGAGGAGGAAUUGCAGCAGGCGUCUUUACCUGUUAUCCCUCACACACUGUCAGCUCCCCGGCACCCCACGGUUGUAAGGACACCCUCUAUCCAACCAGGCUUUGGUGCCAUUCAGUCUACUCCUUUAGCCAAGCUUCAGUCUUUGCAGACGAUGGGCUUUGGACUAAGCCCUAUUCCGAGCCCAGUCCCAAGUAAUAAGAUAAAUCUUAGUGGAGCUGAAAGUACUGCACUUGCCACAAAGACUGUCAAACAUCUCCCAGUAGAGCGAACUCCUGUCGCCAUGUCUGCCCAGCAGGCUGCAGGGACUGCUGCUAUGCGCAGACAAAUGGCCAUUCAAAAGCCAGAUGCUUCUGUUUUUCCCAUACCUGCAAGCAGUGCAACAUUGACAGAAUCUACCCUAAAGACAGUUCCUCAGGUUGUAAAUGUCCAAGAACUGAAAGACAAAGGAUCUGUCCCGGUUUCUUCUGUCACUGGAUCAUCAGUACCUAACCCAGCAGCUCAAGUGGUUCAGCAAGUUUUGACUACAGUGCCCUCUAAUCAGGUGAAAAGAAUACCAGCCCAAGUUUCCCAGAUUUCAACUGAAAGUGUGGCUAGUUCACAGAUGAGUUUUGUUUUUGGGAUGUCUACAACUACUUCUGCAGCAGAGCAAAACAACAGUAAAGGGUUCUCCUUUACUUCGCCCUCUACACCCUUCAGUUUUACAUCUGUUGCACAGGGAAAUGGAAAUUCACAAGCAAAAGAAACUACCAGUAAAUUUUCAUUUGGAAGUAGCAAAACUGUCUUUGGUUCAGCAUCUGAGGAGCCGUUUUCUCUCACCCCAAAGUCCACAUCUCCUACGUUUGGUAAUUCAUCCACCCCAAGCACCGUCGUGGAAGUGGCCAAACCGCCUUCCUCCUUAUCAGCACUUCUCACAGAGCCACAACACCCCAAGACGACAACUGGGGAUACACUGGGUGUCUUUACGGAUAUUCGUUUAGGUCAAGGUGAAGCUAAAGAUACUCCUAGUAAACCUGCUUUCAGCUUUGGCGACAGUGGACUUGAAACAGGAAAGGGAGCUACACAGCUUAGUUUUGGGGCAACCAUCCAGAAGACAACUGAAGAGUCUACUGGAGCUGAGCAACCAAAGGACAGUCUGUUUAAGCCUCCGGAUUCCACAACGAAACAGGCUUUCUCUGUUCCCCAGUCAAGCUCUAUAUCCACAUCUUCACCAACAUCUUUAGUUAGUCUGCUCUCAAAGUCUUCUUCAGAGUCUUCUUCAGGUGACCCUAAAGCUCUGGCCCCAGUCCCUGAGCUCUUACAGCCCCCUGAGAAACCAGCCGAGACACCAAAUGUGGAGCCUUCCAAACCUGCGGUGGCUGAACCUGAGACAGUAGAAACCCAGGAGGCUGCAGCCAUUGCUCCUGUGCCGGACAAUCCAGCUCCUAGCCCCUCACCCCCCGCAGCAGAGGCCUCUCAGACCUCCGUCUCCCCUGCCUCGGAGCCUUCCACUACUCCAGCGCUUCUUACAUCAGAUCCUGCUCCUGUAUCUGCAGCCCAAACCACACCCUCACAGAUGACUAGUUCUGAUACACCUGGCUCUAUAUUCACCCAGCCUCUACCUGCUACCACAGACAGUACCACUGUGGUAGCUUCACCAGUCAUCAAUACUGUUGCCAAUACAGCAACCACACCAACCCCCACUGUUGUAGUCACUGCCACCACCACUACACCUGUUUCUGUAUUUGGGCAACCUGCUGCUGUACCUGCCUCUUCAGCCGCCUCUGUGCCCUCAACUGCAGCACAGCCCACAUCUUUCACUUCAGCUGGAUUUGGUUCAGGUUUUGCAACCCCUGCGUUUGGCCAAGUCAGUGGCUUUGGUCAACCUGUCAGUAGCUCUGGAGCAUCUGGUGGCUUUUCAUUUGGUCAGACUUCAUUUGGUGCAAGUCCAAACACAAGUGCCAGUGGUGGUCUUUUUGGAGGUUCUACAGCAAGCAGUGUGAGCUCCUUCUCCUUCGGAACUAGCAGUGCUAACACAGCUAGCAGUGCUAACACCGCUAACAGCACAGGCACCAGCCUUUUUGGACAGAGCACAACUGCUCCAGUUUUUGGUCAGAGCUCAGGGUUUGGCCAGGCGUCUGUAUUUGGAAGCAACACAACAACGUCGUCCUCAUCAGGCUUCAGCUUUGCACAACCAUCAGGGUUUGGUUCCUCUGCCACCCCUGCUUUUGGCCAACAAGCUAGCACUGGCAGUGUUUUUGGACAGCAGCAAGCAUCCUCUGGCGGUAGCCUGUUCGGCUCCACAGGCAACACUACUGGCUCCUCUGGUGGAGGCUUCUUCAGCGGGCUCGGAGGCAAACCCAGUGAAGAUGCGGCUAACAAGAACCCAUUUGGUUCUACAGCUUCCACUGGAGCCUUUGGGCAACCUGCACAGACAGGGAACAACAGCCUCUUUGGGAACAGUGGAGCCAAGGGCUUCAAUUUUGCGCAAUCUGCUUUUGGAGAGCAGAAAUCUACUGGGACCUUUUCUGCAGGAAGUGGAAGUGUGGCAGCACAAGGCUUCGGUUCAUUCUCUACCCCAACAAAACCAGGUGGCUUUGGCAAUGCACCUGUGUUUGGUAGUUCUCCUUCUUUCGGCGGUUCACCUGCAUUUGGCAGUGGAGCAACUUUUGGGACAGCCCCCUCUUUUAGCAGCCCUCUGGGGUCAUCUGCUGGCAAAGUGUUUGGGGAAGGAACAGCUGCUUCAAGCAUGGGAGGAUUUGGAUUUGGCAGCACUUCUAAUGCCCCCACAUUCGGUGCACUAGCUAAUCAGAGCACCCCUUCAUUUGGGGCUCUAUCCCAGCAAGGGUCCACCUUUGGAACUCAGCCCAGUGGCUUUUCAGGCUUUGGGCAGCAGCAACAAAGUGGAGGGUUUUCUGGAAACGCUUUUGGAUCAUCUAAUCAAUCAAAUUCAACAUUCAGUGGCUGGAGAUAAUAUGGUUAAACGAGAUUAAUCAAGCCAAAUGUAUUUGUACAGCACAUUUAAAAACAACCACAGUUGACCUAAGUGCUGAUCAUGCAACAGUGAAGCCCAGUACACACCAUAAAACAAGAAGUUUAUCUCUGUCACUAUAAUUAGAAUAUUGAAAAAAUUACCUUAUAAUAGUUACUUGUGUUUUUCAUUUCUCAAACUUGGUUUUCUUUUUGUGAAACUUAUAGUGUAACAUGUAACAUUUUGUUUCAUGUGGCACUUGUUUGGAUCAAGUACUUCAUUCAGAUAUAUAAUGUUGAUUGUAAAAAAAAAAAAAAAAAAAUGUUUUCUAUUCUUGCUACAUUUUUUCAUGUUAAUGUAGACAAACGUUGCCUAGAAUAAUUGUAUUUUAAUAAAACCACAGCUUUACAAACCCAUGUCUUAAUUUUUAGAACUU